UGCUAAAUGCCAUACAUGUAAAAAUUUUAAUUUAUUAUUAUUAUAGUGGAUAUUAUAUAAAAUAUCAUCAUCAAAAUGACAUUUGAAAGCAUUUAUAUUGCCUGUUCUGCAGAUAUAAAUUCAACUAUAUCAGCUGCACAUUUCUGUAGAAUAAGUCAUAUACACGUGUUAUGGCGUGAUUGCGUGCUGGUGCGGGUUCUCAUGUUUUCGUCAGACGCGUGAGCUGGUUUUUUUUUUUUUUUUUUUGAUGCUCUGUGGUCCCGGAAGUGACGCAGGCGAAGCGAACCUCCUUUUUUGUGUUUGUUUUGCAGACAGACGCUGGAGGCUUCUUCCACUGGUGCCGUGUAAGACCUCCACUAUCGCAAUACAUCUCACUCACCCACCCGUCCGAGAGCAGCCCUGGAUACAGAUGGACCAGCAGGCCCAGUCCUAUAUGCUUGCCAGUCUGACGCGGCCUCACUCGGAGCAGCUGCUGCAAGGCCUACAGCUGUUACGGCAAGAUCGUGAACUGUGCGACAUCGUGCUACGCGUGGGCGAUGCCAAGAUCCACGCGCACAAAGUGGUGCUGGCCAGCAUCAGCCCAUACUUCAAGGCCAUGUUUACAGGCAACCUAUCCGAGAAGGAGACCUCAGAGGUUGAGUUUCAGUGCAUCGAUGAAGCUGCACUACAGGCCAUUGUGGAAUAUGCGUACACGGGGACGGUUUUCAUCUCGCAGGAAACCGUGGAGUCUCUCCUCCCAGCUGCCAAUCUCCUCCAGGUGAAACUGGUGCUAAAAGAGUGCUGCAGCUUCCUGGAGAGCCAGUUGGACGCCGCGAACUGCAUCGGCAUCUCGCGCUUUGCCGAGACAUAUGGCUGCCACGACCUCUGUCUGGCAGCCACCAAGUUCAUCUGCGAGAACUUCGAGGAGGUCUGCCGGACAGAGGAGUUCUUCGAGCUGACCAGGGAGGAGCUGGAUGAGAUUGUGUCGAGCGAUUGCCUCAAAGUGCUCACGGAGGAGACGGUCUUUUACGCACUCGAGUCAUGGAUCAAGUAUGAUCUGAGCGAGAGGCAGCAGUACCUGGCUCAGCUGCUACACAGCGUGCGGCUUCCUUUGCUCAGCGUCAAGUUCCUGACGCGUCUCUACGAAGCCAAUCACCUCGUCCGGGACGACCACGCAUGCAAACAUCUUCUCAACGAGGCCCUUAAAUACCAUUUCAUGCCAGAGCACCGGCUUUCCUACCAGACGGUGCUGUCCACCAGACCACGCUGUGCGCCGAAGGUUCUUGUUGCAGUAGGAGGCAAGGCGGGGCUUUUUGCCACUUUGGAAAGUAUGGAGAUGUACUUCCCUCAGACAGACUCGUGGAUUGGCCUGGCCCCGCUCAGCAUGCCCCGCUGUGAAUUCGGCGUUGCCGUUUUGGACCAGAAGGUGUAUGUAGUUGGUGGUAUUGCCACACACGUGCGCCAGGGCAUCAGCUACAGGCGGCAUGAGAACACUGUGGAGAGAUGGGAUCCAGACAGCAACACCUGGUCCUCAGUGGAGCGCAUGGCGGAGUCCAGGAGUACGUUAGGGGUGGUGGUGUUAGCAGGGGAGCUGUAUGCACUAGGAGGUUAUGAUGGUCAGUACUACCUCCAGUCAGUGGAGAAAUAUGUACCCAAGGUGAAAGAGUGGCAGCCUGUUGCACCCAUGACCAAAUCACGCAGUUGCUUCGCCACCGCAGUGCUGAACGGUACGGUUUAUGCUAUUGGAGGCUACGGUCCUGCUCAUAUGAACAGUGUGGAGCGCUAUGACCCCAGCAAGGAUUCCUGGGAAAUGGUAGCACCCAUGGCUAACAAAAGGAUAAACUUUGGAGUGGGAGUCAUAUUAGGGUUUAUAUUUGUCGUUGGCGGACAUAACGGCGUGUCACAUUUGUCCAGCAUCGAAAGAUACGACCCUCACUUGAACCAGUGGACAGCAUGUCGACCCAUGAACGAACCCCGCACAGGGGUCGGCUCGGCCAUCGUGGACAACUGCCUCUAUGUGGUGGGGGGUCAUUCAGGGUCAUCUUACCUGAACACAGUACAGCGCUACGACCCCAUCUCGGACAGCUGGCUGGACUCCAGUGGCAUGAUGUACUGCCGCUGUAACUUCGGCCUUACUGCCCUUUGACCCCUGGGGCAGUCGUAGGAGUCACUUUUUAUUUGGAAAGAAAGACAACGAUUGUUUGCAUUUGUUUUGAUCUACUUCCCCAUUCAUCUUUGGAGCUGCGUUCCUCAGAAGGUUGCGUGGAAAAAGAGAAGCACCGUCCUGCUCCAGAUUCUGCGGGUCGGAGAAGUCGAGGCGGCAGCCCCGCCCCCCCCACCCAGAUGUUUUUUUCAGGGUGAAAAUGCGAGAAAAGAGACUUCUCCAAAGCUGUAUGGGCUCUACAAAGGACUAGAAAGUGCUGAACGGCAGGAGACGUUCAGCAACAUGCGGUUUCUCGGGUGGCAUUGUGGCAUUUGUCUGUGCUAAUGCCAUUCAUUUUCUGAGCACUCUCUCUUUUUUUUUUUUCUUUUUUUUUUUUUUUUUUUUGUAAAUCCAGCUCCAGGUGCAGCUAGCACCUUUAAUUUCAGUUUGUCUCCAGGUCUAUGCCUGUAGAUGAUGUGUAUGCAUGUCAUGGAAAGAAUGAAAUAUUUGUGUGUGUGUGUGUGUGUGUGUGUGUGUGUGUGCGCGCGCGUGCGUGCGUGUGCGUGCAGGACAAGCACUCAGGCUCGGGGUUGAAAUCACCGGCCAAGUUUGAAACGUCUGCAUCUAAAGUAGUGCUUCACAACAAACUUUAUUCACACUUAAAAAGGGCUGCCUUUCUUUCAACUUGUAUAUAGUUUGACUAAAGAAUAUAGAAUAUAUGCUCCAGUGCAUUGCCUGUAAAUGUUAUCUGCACUGGUGUGUGAGUGUGUGGACUGAAUAUAUUCAUUUUUCACUGCAGUCUCUUAAGAAAUCUUCCAAGUUCUACACGUCUUUUCCUCGGUAGCUGUAGAACAUUUUGUUUUCGGUUUUGUUGUAAAUGUACAUAUUUUGCCGUCCAUGCCACGCCUUUAUUCCAACCUUUUUCUCUUUCAAGUGUUUCAAUGCGACUGUCUUUUUGUUUCGUUUGGUUUUUUUUAACCAUCGCAGAGGUGUGGGAGUAAAAAUCUACUGGUGCUAGUUAAUAAUUCAGGAUUCAUUUCUUUUGUCUGUCAUUUCACGAAAGCGUAUUUGAUCGAAUUUUUUAUUUGCAUGUUUGUUGUGUUCUGUUACUUUUUAUUUAUUUAAAAAAAAAAAAAAAAAAAAAAGAUGCUCCAUCAGUGUUCAUAUGCUCCUGUGCAAUAACAUCACUCUUCAUGAAUUAUUUCCAGCUCAGCACCUGGGACUGUAGCGUACGACGUGUUCGGUUUUUCCACAGGAAACAGUUCUAACAUUUCACAUCGUUACUGAAACGACUUGGCCUUUCAAAUCCAAAUCCUGACUUUAUGUAGUUUAUGUAGAAUUAUGUACAUUCAAUCGAAUUCAGUUAAAUCCAACAAAUGUAACUCCGACCAAAUAUCAGGUUACGUGAGAUUGACACGUUCACGUUAGAUUCAAUCAGUCUCUGUAUUAAUCAUAGUGCAUAUCAGCCUUUAUGUUUCUGCACUGGUUCUCUAAAGCAGAGCCUUAAUCAAAUAAACUACACUGGCGUCAACAGUUGGAAAUAAUAUAACCCCAGUUCCAAAAAAGUUGGGACGCUGUUACUGACCUGUUGCCAAUUAACCUAAUGCUGUUUCUUUUUAGUAACACUACUUUUCCAGCCAUUUGUUGCCCCGUCCCAACUUUUUUGAGACAUGUUGCGGCCAUCGAGUUCAAAAUGACCUUAUUUUUUUUUGAAGGUGAUGUCAUGACUGUCCUUGCUAACGGUGAUUCUAGUUGAACCACUAAAUUUUCAGUCCCUGCAGUAUUUCACCAUUUUGCCAUCGCAGAAAAAUCGACCCGUAAUCAAACAGACCUCCGUGACAUUCGGAGGAGCUUGCGAUUUUUCAAAAAUUACCGCAGAUGUUCCGCAGAUUUCGUCCGAGACACGUCUUGCGACGUCAUCGCGGCGCGCAGUUCAACCUGUUCGAUUCACAUGUGUCGAACGUGAGUACAGCUAAUACGUCUCAUUUACCAACAAACAUCACUGCGAAAGGCCGAUUCGACUAGUUUUCCGCAAAAAAAGAAAAAAAAGCACAAAAAAAUCCUCAAAUUGCAUCGCAAAUUUUGUAAAAUGUAACCAUUAGAGUCGUGCUUUCUUACCGACUGCACCUCCGAGACUAAGUGUAAUAACGUUAUGUAAUGUUUUUAAUGUGCUGCAAAUCAUUAAAAAGGCGUUCUCCAAAAUUCCGAUUGGUGCGCACGUACAUGGAGACGCACACGUCAGCGUGAAGAAGGGCUUACGUAUCAACGUGUUCAAAGCUCUUAUACUCCACUAUAUAAGCCUAUAAUCUGGCAAGAGAACACCAUAUUUCCUUGAGUGGUAUUUGCACAUGAGUGUAGUUACAGAUGGAGCUCUGCAUUGCACUUAUUAAACACUUUAAUACUUUGUGUGAUAUGUCUAGAAUACAUUUACGUUGAAGGCAUUUAAAUGAUGCAAUAAAACCAUUUUGGUUUGGUUUUUUUUUUUUUUUUUGGUUUGUUUUUGUUGAAAACAAAAUGCUGUGACCUGAAAUAUAUAUGGCUUUCUCUUUUCUUUUUUACUUUCUUUUUUGUUUCCCCUCAUUUCAUACUGAGAAUCAGAUUUUGCCUUUGUUCCUAUUGGUACUGACAUAAGGAGCGCUUAAACAUAUUUUUAAAAUAUUUUUUUUUUAAUAAAGCACUCAAAUAUCCAUUUUUUUUCUCUCCUAAACUGUAACCCACAACACUGGGUUUUGGACUACCAAAGCAAAGAGGCAUGAAAUUCAUUCAAAAGUGGUUCCCUAACCCCCCCCCCCCCCCCCCCC